AUGAUUCUCCACAUUCUCACCAAAUACAGGAAGUUCAAGUCUGCAGAGUCUAUUUUGAGAAAGGUUCUUGUCUCGGGUUCGAUAGAUUUGCCUUCCAAGUUGUUUGAAGCAAUAUUGUAUUCGUACCGCUUGUGUGAUUCUUCUCCUCGUGUUUUCGAUUCUCUUUUCAAGACUUUUGCGCAUAUGAAGAAAUUUAGGAAUGCCACAAAUACAUUUUGUCAGAUGAAGGAUUAUGGAUUCUUCCCAACACUUGAGUCUUGCAAUGCAUAUCUUAGCUCAUUGCUUGAUUUACAUAGAGCUGAUAUUGCUUUGGUAUUCUAUAGAGAAAUGCAGCGUUGUAGGAUUUCACCGAAUGUUUAUACUCUUAAUAUGGUUAUAUCUGCUUAUUGUAAAUUGGGAAAAUUAGAGAACGCUGUUGAGGUCCUUGAGAAGAUGGACAGCAUGGGUUUUAGUCCUACAGUUGUAUCAUAUAACACGCUGAUUGCAGGACACUGUGAUAAGGGUCUUCUGAGUUCGGCUUUGAAGUUCAAAAACUUGAUGGCGAAGAAUGGAUUGCACCCGAGUGUGGUUACUUUUAACUCACUUAUUGAUGGGUUUUGCAAAGAAGGAAAACUAAAGGAAGCAAACAGAAUUUUUAGUGAGAUGAAAGCCGUGAAUGUUGCUCCUGAUACUGUAACUUACAAUACUUUGAUAAAAGGGUACAGCCAAGAAGGUAAUAGCGAGAUGGGCAAUAGGGAGGGUAAAACAAAGAAAGCUGCACAUCUGGUUAAAGAACUUGAUAGAAAGCGCUUUGUCCCAAAUGCCUCAACCUUUUCUGCCCUUAUUGAGGGGCAGUGUGUGAGAAAGAACUCGGACCAUGCCUUCAAGUUAUGUAAAAGCAUGAUAAGGAGUGGUUAUCAUCCCGAUAAGCAUACUUUUAACAUGCUGAUAUCUAGCUUCUGCAAUAACAGGGAUUUUGAUGGAGCAGUUGAAGUCUUGAAAGAAAUGUUUGAGAGAUCUUUUGCUCUUGAUUCAAGCAUCUUAUCUGAUUUAUGUCUAGAACUAUGCAGAUGCAGGAACGAGAAAAUGGUAAAAUGGUUAUGCAGUGAGAUGGAAGUUAGACGCCUCAUCCCUCAAGGUUUUGACAUGGCAAAAAUUCUCUCCCCUGUAGUAGUGGAAGAAAACUGA